AGACUUCUCUCAUGUUAAACUGCAAUACAGGCCGCACAGUACCAUUAAAUGAACACAUUUUAUGGAGUUGUAUCAUUAAAGCAUGCGUUAAUAACGCGGCCUGUUUUGCAGUUAUUAGAUGCGAAUGCAGGUAAAGAACAUCACAUGUUUACACUUAUAUAUUUUCAACUUAUUUCUAUAUUAUUAUAAGUAAUGAUUUGACUAAAUUAAGAAUAAAUACAUGUGUAAACGUGGUUGUAAAAUACAACGAGUGAAUAAAGAAAAUGUGUAAUUGAUCAGACAAACAUUGUAAAUGAGUAGUAAUUACGUGGCGCCAUUGAAGCAUACAGCUGUUUUUCUUUCUUAUGCGUUACUAGUUUUUGUAUUAUAACAUAACCUGGCAUUGUCUUCUAAUCAGGUUAAAGGUUAAAUGCUUAAAAAUCAAGCUACCAACGCCAAAUGUCUUGACUCCAUUUCCGCCAAGAUGAUUCCCUCCUCAUAAUUUCCGCUCUCGCCAGCAAACAACAUCGGCGGGCCGCUGCUCGGUGCGCAUGCGUAACGGAGCACUGGACUCUGAACUUCCUGUCUGUCCCAGCGUGACAACAUGACAGACGUACACAAACGUCGAGGCGACACAACCUUGUCAGCUGAAGGCGCAUCCCUUCGAGCCCAAAAGAAUACUUUUGGUGACGGCUCAACUGUGCUUCAAAAGUUGCUGGCAGCUGCUUUUUACGGAGUCAGUUCGUUUCUCAUCGUCGUUGUGAACAAAAGUGUCCUCAGCAGCUACAGAUUUCCUUCAUCGACAUGCCUUGGAAUUGGUCAAAUGCUAGCUACAGUGGUAGUGCUGAGGACUGGCAAAAUGCUAGGUCUCAUCUCGUUUCCAGAUAUGGACCUGAGUAUACCACGCAAGGUGUUUCCACUGCCGCUACUCCAUGCUGGGAAUCAGAUAUCUGGCUUAUUUGGAACACAACGACUCAACUUACCUAUGUUUACAGUUCUGCGGCGGUUCAGCAUCCUUUUCACCAUGCUGUGUGAAGGCAUCUUGUUAAGAAAGACGUACUCGUGGUCGAUCAAAAGCACCGUGUUUACCAUGAUCUUCGGCGCUUUGAUUGCCGCCAGCGCCGAUCUAGCCUUUGACCUCGAAGGCUACGUCUUCAUCAUGCUCAACAAUGUGCUGACGGCGGCCAACGGUGCUUACAUGAAGCAGAAACUGGAUGCAAAGGAUUUGGGCAAAUUUGGACUUCUCUACUACAACGCGCUAAUCAUGAUCUUACCAACUGCGGCGUACGCCUGCUACACAGGAGACUUGCAGAUGGUUUCGGAGUACGACGGAUGGUCCGACCAGCUGUUUGCGACGCAGUUUGUUCUCUCUUGUGUCAUGGGAUUCAUUUUAAUGUACUCCAUCAUGCUGUGCACUCAGUGCAACUCUGCUCUCACCACCUCCAUCGUGGGCUGCAUCAAGAACGUCGUCGUGACGUACAUGGGAAUGGUGUUUGGUGGAGACUACAUUUUCUCUUGGACUAAUUUCAUGGGUUUGAACAUAAGCAUUGCAGGGAGUCUGGUGUAUUCCUUCAUCACCUUCACACACGAGCAGACAAGUAAGAACAUUUUUCAUACUUUAAGGUGAAAUAUUCCACUACUACGCUAAGUGUGUCAUUUUUACUUUUAGCAGAAAAGCCGUAAAACUCAAGAGCUCUACCUUGAAGAAACUCCUGGUGUCUCCAGUCUUUUUUUUUUUUUUUUAAUCUUUAUUACAAAGUGCUUUUAAAUUGAUAUGAUCGGAACUUCUAAGUGUUGUGUCUUUGUAUUAAAUAUAUCCAAUUAUUUUAUUUAUGCAGUCUUGGGAUACAGAUUUUAUUUAGGAGCCAUUUACAGAAGGGAAAAAGCAAAACAUCACUCCAAAAAAAGGACCCAAAAAAACCCCAAGAGUCAAGGUGAGUUGAUGGUCUUUGAGUCAAAAGCAUCUUCAGCUGGAGUGCAGUGAAAGAAAUCUUGAAGAUUUGGAGGCUACCUGACCAGGGUUUUGUUUUUUUUUUAUCAUCCCGGUGUGUCAACUUCAAGACAAUCGAGCGUUGAUUCAUUCUUGGUGCGUAUGAGCCUAAAAUUGUGAUGCAAGAAGUUUCUUAUCUGAAGGACUAAAAAGUGAAGACAUGGGAAACAAUGGAAUGGCUACUUUUUAAAUGACGUUUCCAAGCAACACAGGCUUAAGAAAGAACAGAAAAUACAUGAUUCUUUUUUUUUUUUUUAAAUGUACCAAUGGAUGUUAAGAAAUCUAUACAAAGCUUUAAAAAUCUCCAACUUUGUGUUUUCUGUAAAAAGAACAAGUAAAGCCAAAAGAAGCAGAUUAUGAAAAAUCCAAAAAUACAGCCAUCUUGUACAUGCGUUACAAUACAGGACAUCACUGAUGUCAGCUGCUGGACACAAACAAACCUGCAGUGGUUUAUUUCUCAGACUGGAGCACACGGCUUUGUCGUGUGGAAAAUGUCGUUCUGCUGCUGCUUCGUAUCAUUUACCACAGAAAUGUACAAUCAAAGUGCAACUAAAGUGAGCCGGCAACAUCACCGGCUGUGUGUGUGUGUGUGUGUGUGUGUGUGUGUGUGUGUGUGUGUCCUCAGAAACCUAAGUCCUUAAAAACCUGCUCCGGUGUUCACAAACGUUCAAAUGGCUUGAAAGGCAAAUACCCAUCAUAGACUUUGUUAAAAAAUAUAAAUAUCUUGUGUACAAAAAUAUUAAUGGGAAUUGUAUUUUUUUCCCUUUGAGUACAAAUCCAAAAAAAAACAGGAGAGAUUCUUGGCAAAUGUCAGUCAGUCAAGUACUUACAGACAAUGAGUACAAGGUUGGAGCUUUUCAGACAGUUGCUACAUGGAUGGGCUCGAGAGAGACGGGUCUCCUGUUGAUUUUCAGUGACCUAUGACUUUGUCAGUCAUGGCGUCCUCCCUCUCGGGAGAAUCAACACUUCCCUCAUGUCCUGCUUCCAGGUCCGUUAGCAGGGAAAGUGGUGGCCAAGAAAAUCAACAUCCACAUGAGUCCACAUAGCAGAACUUUUGGGGGCCUUCAGUUCUCUUGUGUUCUAGAAGGUUCCACUUCACUUUGGGCCAAAGGCUCUGCCUCCAUCUUCAACCUCUUGGCCGGCCUGUCGUGCGUCAUGUCUGCAUCUCUUUGGUCUGCAGGAGGUUCUGGGGAACCGUUUCGCUCGUGUCUGGGUGAGCUGGGGUGGCUGCAGCCGUUGGAGUUGUUGUCCGGUGUGGGGAGUGGGGCGUCACCCGAGGGACCGUUGGACUGGAGGGGUUCCGGUUUGACUUGGUUUGCUGGGACUAUGUGUACACCAUCGCCCAGAUGGCUGGAACUGUGGCCUGCGAUACCUAGCAAAGAGCACAGGUACGUUAUUAUUUAAGAUAGCUUAAAUGCAUUAACAGUACAGAUCACAGCUCAGAAUGUAGCCUCGUACUGCCCCUUUUCCUGGACCACGUGUGGAUACCCCUGGUUUAUUGACUCGAUACGAAUGAACAUAGUGGUGGGGGGGAAGACUUCAAACACGACAAUAAGUUCAAAAACAUCCAGUAAAUGUUUACUGACUGGUAGUGUCCAUACAGUAAGGGAGAACCUCUCCUGCUGGCCAUUAAAAACAAUGCAGGUUUAAGGUAUUGACAUGAAUAAUGUGCAAUACCAUUACAUACAGUCAGGGUUUCCCAUAUAGUCACUUUUUUAACUUGUGGCGGCCCACCGCAAAUAAAUAUGGACCACAGAUAGAUUUGGCGCAACCGUUUGUGUAGCUUGUUACAACAUCCAUACAGCAGAUGGAAUCGUAACGUAACUCUGCUUCUCGGACGUAACACAGCUGACUUGCCCGCAGUUUGUAACGCACCUGUUCAUCAAUAUAGUGAGAUACGUGAUGUGCAAUGACGUGUACAUUAUCUUUAAAGUCAGAGAACACUGAAGCAGCCCCGGAACAUUCAUGAAUGUUUUGUUUUUUUGAAAUCGCCGGUUUGCGUUAUAUAAGACGUCUACCACUGCACAAAAGGACACAAACACCGUAUGUCAAUAAGUUCAUGUCGUUAAAUGAGGUUUAAAAACAUGAGCUCAUGUUGCACAGUUCUUUUGACAAAGCAAAAAGCUCAGUUUUACCCGUCCACAUGCAAACACUCUCGCCAGAGUUUUGUGUCAUGGCCAAUUAUGCAAAUUAGAUGUCAUCUAGCGUCCCCCAUAACGCCACAGAUAGCUUGCAGUCCUGUGGGAACCACUGUACACAAUGUAGAUUUAAAAAAAAUAAUAAUAAUAUGCACGAGUCUUUCAUCUCAUCCAUAUUGAACUACACUAAACAUUUAUUAUGCACGCACAAACAUGGAACAUCUUCCUUCUGUUGAAUGUCUUUAAUUCCUCCUCACUGCUGCUAUUUUGUUUCACUGCUGUUGCUCGCAUGUACAGUACUCCCUCCUUUAUUGUGGGUAACUGGUUCCAAACCCGACCAUGAUAAGUGAAUUUCCACAAAGUAGGAUUCCUUAUUUACCCAUGGAAUCUUUUCAUAGAGCAACCACCUACAGUAAAUAGUUUUUAGCAUUGUUUGAGCCCUCAAGGCAUGAAGUAACACCCCACGGUCACUUUUACACUCGUAUUAGCCAGUAUAGUAGACAUAAGAGAAAAUAAGACAUCUUGGACAUAAAUGAUACAUAACAUCGACUCACACGUUAGCAUUGACAGCGUAAUUCCUGUGGUGGCAACUGUCUCAUCAAUGUAACAUUCUUGACCCUGAGUGACCCGUGUAGAAUACUACCGUAAUGCUGCUGCUUGUGGUUAAGGAGAGACUCACGAUGCUGUCGGUCACACUCUCCACCAAAGACGCUUGCUCUCCACAUUGCUAACCAUGCUAACACUCAGCUAAACGGUCAACUCUAGCUAGCGGACGUCACUUCACAGGCCCCGCCUCUCAAACGUGCACGUAAGGCACAGAUAUUACACUACAUAUCACAUCUUCUGAAUGCCUUAUAUUUGUAUUUUCGUUCAGUCAUUUCGUUCAUUUUUAUGCUUGAAAAUGCGGAAUUUACACCAAGAAUACAUUAAAUUAGCUUAAAUAUGCAUAUUUUUCACCAAUAAUAAGCUGUAUUCAACCACAAAACAGCGAUCAGUAAUACAUUUUGAAAAACGGAAACAGUGUGAGGGCUCAAUGUUCAAACCACGAUGUAGCGAGGGACGACUGUAAACAAUAAAAUAACGAGUGGAUAUUUUGUGUGAAUAUUGCUGCUGUACUUCACCCCAUCACCACUUUUGUCUGUGGAUUGUUAACAGUUUGGUUCACCUAUCUCACAUGUGCUUGUUUGUCCGCUAGAACAAACAUAGCCACACCUACGUCUUCAUUUGUGGAUGGCGAGCCAGCCAGGAGGAGAGGUGCGGAUCUAUAUUGUUCUUGUCAAUAUAGGGAGACUUGUUUCUCCAUAGGAAACACAACUGAUAUCAUUAGUGUUCUGCCAGGUCUUACUGUGCUUCUGUGUAUAGAUGUUUUUGCACUGGAAGCUACAAGCUACAAGACGUAGCUCACCAUUGUGACUGCUGCUGUCUUCCUUCUCUGAGUGGCUAGCGCUGCUGCUGGACGUGGUGGGAGGGGGCGACGCCGCCCUGCUCGAGGCAGCACUCUCGGUCUCGUCCAGCAACCUGUCCAUGUAGUCUCUGAUGGCACACAGCAGCGCACGGCACGUUACACACAUGCUCUCAAGCAACUGACUAAUUAAUUUCAUUUUAGUUAAUUUCAGGAAAUAUAUUAACAAAUCUCAGCUAACUGAAUGUCAAGUCAAGUCAACUCAAGGCACUUUAGAGCGACCACACUCCGCAAACAAACAGAUUUGUUGAAAAACCUCAAUAAGGACACACUAACGCUGAUAAAAGUAGCAGAUGAUCAACCAUGAAUAACCCGCCUAUUUCAGUAAUAUGUGUUUUAUAAAAAUCCUUACGUGACACCAGGGUGAAGGUUGUAUUUCCUUUUUCCAAGUCUGGUUUGCUGUGCAAAGAAAUCAUAACGCUCAGACUUCUUCCACAUGUAAUAAAAGGCCACACAUUCUCCUACAGACCUAGUUCUCACCUGAAAGAUUUAAUUCAGCAGACAUGAAAUAACCGUUAUUACCAACAUUUCAGGGGAGAAAGUCAACACAACACGUACAGGGAGACAAACACACAAGUCAAAAGGCACGUACACAAAAUACCUUUUAGGUAUGAUAUCACAGCAUGCAAUAAGCAACAUCAAACGCACACUUGUGUGAACGUGAAAUCCAUGUCAUGCUUAUCACAUCUAUUCAGCUCUUUUAGCGUGACUCGGUUACUUCUCUUACCUUGUUGGCCUGUAUUAAAUGGAAAUCUUUGCCAUAGGAUUUUAGUCCUUGCUCAAAAUUUCUACAUUCCUCCUCAGUCCAGACAGAAAGUUCCUCUGCAAAGACAACAUAGCGUUAGCGUUAGCGAUAGCACAAAUCUCUCUCAUCUAAGGUGCUUUUUUCCCCCUUGCGAGUGCUUACUCACCCCUGGCUGCUUUUACAUUAAACCUAAGCCUCCUUAAAGCUUCUUCUGUGUCAAAGUCACAUUUCACCAGUUCAUAUAAUGCCUAUAGGGAAACAGGUUUUCGUUAGCUCUGUAGAAAACAACACACAUUUUUUUAUUUGAAAUCCACAGGCUGGUCUUAAACAAUAAAGCUGUACCGUAUAGAAACAUGUACGAAGGUGACGUAAGGAAAGUACAAAGCAAAGGCUGGAGGCUGUGCAGGUUUCACCUGUUCGUUGUCCUUGAUGUGGGAUCCUUCUGGGAUGGCAUCCACUCCCUUCUCCUCACCCGUUCGCCGAGAUGCUUCUAUUAAGAACUCCACUACUUUGCUUUCAGGUAGACACUCGGGGUUCCACAACAGUUGGUCAUCAUUUUCAUAAACUAUUCAGCAAAAUGAAAAGGACAAAAACAAAGAAAGAAGGAUCAGGAUAUGACUGUGCUCUACAUUAACUUCAGCUCAUCUUUGCUUGCCUUACCUUUUUCAUUGUCUUUAUAUUUACAAAGGCCAACGGGGGUUUCUGCUUGAUACAUGGACCCCACCAUUAUCUCCUGUUAUAAAUAUAAAUAUGGAUCAGUAUGCGUCAUGAGAGCCUGUUUAUCACCACCAAACAUGAAUAUAAUCACUUGUGUACGUUUGUAUAAUCACUUUUAAGGGUAAGGGUCAUACAAGUUUGCAUGAUUGAAAAGAGGGCGCUAACCAGAACUCUUUAUGAAUGGAAUGUCUCAACUUCUCCAUGAAAUGUUUAAUGAUAUUACCUUUUUUUAGUCAAGUUUACUAUGAAUUUCUCACGGGACUAUUUUCAACCAGUAUAUUUAAUAUACACUAAAUGUUAGGUUUCUUUCUACAGGAGUACUUUUUCACAAAAGAUGUUUACUUUUGAAAAGUUAAUGAAAAAACAUUUCCACCUAUUCUGUUGUUUAUGUGUUAGUGAGGUGGUGAUGUUGCAGCCGCUUGCACAUGUACUAACCUGGGUGCAGAAUAUCACUUGUAAAGGUUUUGUCUAUGAAAAGUACACUGGCUAAUGUUAUCACUUAGCGCUAGUAUACUUUCUUUACUGCCUCAAUGUUGGUCUAAGCUAUUUUUUGACACCCUUAUUUUGUUAUAAGUAAACAGGAUGUAGCCCACAGAGCUCUUAUUUUGAAGGCAGGAAGUGUGUUGUGCGGGUUGAAGAGGUGUCUUGACUGUUGCUAAACGUGAUUAGCUGUGCACAUGAAUAAACUGACCUCCCAGAGCUGGAGCUCCUGUCCUUUAUUUACACCGAACUUCCACAUCAGCGGGCGUCCUGACACCCUGGUUUACAUUGGCAUCAGACAGUCUUCAUUUAUUGUUUGACUUCCCUGAUUCUGACUGCUUCGAGGAAGUCUGGUGUUUAAUCGAGUUUGGCCCUCUUUUGCACAAUAUUGUGUUGCAAAUGUCACACUGAGCCGACCGCUUCUUUUUAUGACGGUAAGCCAAACCCAUCGAUGCUCGAGACUUGAUGCCCAACCCGAUUCACUACAUACAUUAAAACAGACGCGGGAGCUAUAAGUUUCACCAC